AUGUUAUUUAAUAAUAAUCAUAAUAAUAAAAAUAGAAGGAAAGUAAACUUUAACUUUCAGUUACACUCUUGUACAUUGUUUCAUAGUGUCCAGAGUGGUGGAUACUUGACUGCUGCAAGAUAUACCAGCGUUUGCUAUAAUAGUAGUAUUAAAGGAACUAAUAGUAGUAAUAGUAGAAAACACUUUGAAAAAGAUUAUCCGAUUGGAUCAUCGAGUGGACUAACCGACAGCCUCCUCCUAAACUUGUUACUUUACAUGAUGACCACUGUUUUUCAUUCUCCUAAACAACCAAAUAGUAGCAAUCACAGCAACCACAACCCAAACAAUCACAACACGAACCAUAACAAUAACAAUAGUAGUAGUAGCAAUAAUAGUAACAUUAAUAAUCAUUCACCACACAACGGUGGAAAGAAUCAUCACUACCCUCAAAUCUCUCAAUUCAAAGCUGGUCAACAUAUUCUCCAGUCCGCACGUCACAAACAACUACAUCCAAACUCUUCGACACACUCUGUCUCCUCACACCAUCCGAACCAAGUCGAACCUGAUGACGACGCUAUAAAUAUUCUCACAUUCUCUGGUAUCUUUUACAAGUUUCUCAUUUUUAUCAUCUCCUUCCUUCCAUUUUUCUUGAUUGAAAAACUCUUGACUCUUUUCGCCUGGAUUCAACUUGAACUCCUCAAAGCUAAAGGAAGAAGUAUCAAUCCUGAACAAACCUAUUCAAAAUUAAAAAAGAAAAGAAAAUUAAAAAAGAAGAAACACUCUAAAUCUUUAAGUAUCAACGGAGUUUCAUCCAAAAACAACUCACCAUCAUUACCAUCGAUUAAAUCAUCUUCAACUGAAGAUCUAACACAAUUACAAAAGAAAGAAGAAAACAAAAACAACAAUAAUAAUGAUGGAGCUUCUUCCUCCUCUUCACUCACCCAGCUUGAAGAGGAGUUUGACAAAAUCAAAGAAGAAAAAGACGAUGGACAAGGAACACUUCCUUCUCCUAGCUCAAUGCCAAUUCUUCAGCUUACACCUUCUUCUCCUACACCAGACACUUUUGCCUCUGGAGAAGCUCAUCUUCAUAAUACAUCAACACCAGAUACUGACAUGAAGCUUGCCGUGCCAAAGGCUCUCAACCGUGUCCACACUAGCUCUGAGAAUCUUGUAGAUAAUCCUGAACAACUCCUCAAACACCACCAUCUCGCUAAAUGGGAACAACAGAACCACUCAUUGGCUCUCAGUGCCGGCAAUCUUCUCACCGUCCCAUCAUCUGGUCAACUCAACCGUCCUCGCUCCGACUCGGUCUGUGGAUUCACAUCGGAUCCAUGUCAGGCACAACGUUCCAUCUCUGAGAUUCGUCGUGUCAACUCUGAGGCUGCUCUCUACCAAACCUCGGAAGACCAAAUGCUCUUUGAAGCCAACCUCCAGAGCCGUCGUGAGUUUGAAGACUUCCUUCGUUCCGUCAAAGACAUCAAAGACGUUCGCAACUGGCUACAAAACUUUAGUGGUAGUGCGCCAAGAAAGAUUGCUAUCGUCAAGAUCAGUCGUAGAAUCCUGGAAACCCAGUACGGUAUCGACCAAGCCGCUGCUUCCCUCUGUUUCAUGUACAAGUUUGGUCUGCUCCCCAUCGUCAUUCACGGUGGACUCAACGACAUUGCCCGUCUCCCAUGCACUCAGGUCAUUGAAGAGCGUAGAGACCGUUCCGCCAAGCUGAAAGAAGCUAUCAAGAAGAACGGUGUCGGCAGUUCUGUUCUCACUCCGGAUAUCUGUGAGAUCGAGCCAAUCAUUGAGCAAACCGACAACGACACCCUCUCUGAAGAGGAACUCGAGUUUGGAAAGACCGGCACCGUUCCAAACGGUGGUCUCACCAUGAAGAUCGACAGCUUCGACUACGACCUUCUCACCCAGGCACUCGAGAAGGGUAAGAUUCCAAUCUGGGACUCUGUCGCCGAAACUACUGACGGUCUUGAGAUUCCAAUCAACUCUGACGUCACCACUUUCGAGCUUGCCAAGCGUAUCCAGCCCUACAAGAUUAUCUUUGCUUGUAACGACGGUGGUAUUCUCGACUUUGACCACAAGGCAAUCCCAACUGUCUAUCUCGACGAAGACUACCAUCGUUUGAUGGAAGCCGAGCACACUACCGACCGUCGUAGAGUACAACUCAAGCAGAUGAAGAGAAUCGUAGAUAACCUGCCUGCUUCCACCACGCUCGUCGUAACAUCGAUCGAGAAUAUCACUCAUCAAUUGCUGUUCCCACGUCUCGCCAAUGGUACCGUCAUAAAGAAGUGCCAAGACAACAAGGUGUUGGUGUUUGACGCCAAAACCUUGAACCAAGUCGAUAUGCCAAGACUGAGAAUCCUCAUCGAGGACAGCUUUGGUCGUGCACUCUCUGAAGACUACUUUGACUACCUCAACGAGAAUCUCUACAAGUUGUAUCUCUGUGUCUCGGCUGACGGUCAGUACAACGGUUGUGCCAUUGUCACCUUCAAAAAGCCAGACUACAUCCCAUAUCUCUGUAAGUUCUGCGUACAGAAAUCGGCACAAGGUUUGGGUUUGGGUGACUUGAUCUGGAGAAUCCUUCAGAGAGACAUCGACAAGUUGUACUGGCGUUCCAGAAACAACAACCCACUUAACCCAUGGUACUUCCAACGUUGCCAAGGUUCAUUCAGAGCCGACGAGCAUUUCACUGUCUUUUGGUAUGGUGACGAUAAAUUCGAAGAUGGAAGUAUGAUGAUUGAAGAAGCCUUACGUAAACCCAUCACAGUUUUGCCGAUUGCAUCGAAAUCUUGA